AUGACAACAUCAAUAACCAAUGCUAACUCAUUUGACAAUAACCCGAUCAAUAGAUUGCAACACUCUCUCAACAAAUUAUUUAAUAAUUCAACAAAAAUUGAUGAAAAAUGGUUACGGAAAAUUUUGGAACUUCACGAUGAAGAGAAAAGUGAAGGAUUAGCGAGCUCAUUAACACAAGAGGAAAUUAGAAAGGAAAUUGAAUUAAUUAUUGGUCCAGAGAAUGAAUGGAGAUUUGAUUCUGAACAAGCUCAACAAUUCCGUGAAAAAUGUAUAAAAUUGAGAGAAAAAUCAGUGGAAGAAAUGGAUAUAAUAGAUGUCAUCUCUAAUCAAAAAACUAUUUCUUAUGAUUUCAAAUAUGAAAGGGAUCAAACUCAAUAUGUUCAUCCCGUAGAAAAUGAUACUAAUAUGACACAAUAUUUGAAUUUAUGGGAUUUAGUUCAACCUACAAGAGUUGAAAUUAUUGGAAUUGAAAAUCUUAAUAUUCAACCUGAAAAAUCUCAAAGUGGAAAUUCCUAUUUAUAUAUCUGUUGUGAAUUAUUUCAUGGUGGAACUCCACUUACUAAAGGAAGAUUUACCAGAAUGAUUCCUCUUCACACCUCUCCUCAGUGGAAUCAAUUUGUUAUUUUCAAUGAUGUUUUACUUUGUGAUCUUCCAAGAGAAACAAAAAUUUGCUUUACAAUAUUUUCAAGACAAAUGAAUGAAACAGACCAGUCAUUGGAUUCACCUAAUUGUAUUAGCGGUAAAGACACUCCUCUUGGGUAUGUCAUUAUCCCAAUGUUUGACUUUAAGGGGUUAUUGAAACAGGGUGAAUUUCAUUCUAUAAUGAAACCAAAUGGGAGAGCAAUGCCAUAUAGUAUACCAAUUGAGAAUAUUGGAAAUGAAACAUCAAUUUUUAUUAAUUAUCGACUAGAUAGCCAUUCGGAUUCUGUGGUCUUUCCCCAAGGAAAACCUCCAAAGAGGAUGGAAGAAUGCCUUGAUUCAUUUGAACAAAAUAUUAAGGAAUUUUUCAAAGAUUUACCACAGGAAGAACAAUUGAAUCAAAUCAUUAAUCAGAUAAUUACUCGAGACUCUCUUCAAAAUCUAACACAGGAGGAAAGAUGGUUGCUAUGGUCAAAUAGAGAAGUACUUAUUGAAAUACCUAAAGCUUUACCCAAGUUUAUUUUGAGCGUACCAUGGAAGAUGCCACACGCUGUUCAUAUUGCUCAUUCAUUGCUUUCUAUAUGGAAACCAAUUUCCCCACUGGAUGCAUUAGAAUUAUUGAGCUACAAAUUUGCAGAUUCUAAGGUCAGACAAUAUGCCAUUGAAAGACUUGACGAACUUGAUGAUGCUCAAUUGAGUGAUUUUUUACUUCAAUUAGUUCAAUCUCUAAAAUAUGAACCAUAUCAUGAUAGCAGUCUUUCCAGAUUUUUGCUAGAGAGAAGUUUGAGAUCUCCACAUACUAUUGGCCACUUUGUCUUUUGGCAUUUGAAAGCCGAUAUGCAUGUCCCCUCAUUCAAAGAGAGAUUCUGUCUGAUAUUGGAAGAAUACUUAUCGAAUUCGGGCAAUCACAGAAGAGAAUUAUUGAAACAGGUCUUUGUUUUGGAUCAAUUACUGGAAAUUUCCAUUAAAAUCAAGCAAGAAAAGUUGGAGGAUUGUAAAUCAACAUUUGAAAAAUUAAUUAACAAUGUCAAACUACCUAAAAAAUUCAAGCUACCAAUAUCACCACAUAUGGAAGUCACAGAAAUCAUUCCACACAAAUGUAAAUUCAUGGAUACUAAACACAGAGGUUUGUGGCUCUGUUUCAAGAAUGCAGACAAAAGAGGAGAUAAUAUCCAUAUAAUCUUUAAGGCAGGUGAUGACCUACGUUCGGAUCAAUUGAUUGUGCAACUUUUACGAGUUAUGGAUAAAUUGUGGAAGAAGGAAGGUCUAGAUCUCCAUUUGAAACCCUAUGCUAGUAUUUGUACAGGUGAAUUGAUUGGAAUGAUUGAAAUUGUUAAGAAUAGUGAAACAGUUGCACAUAUAGUAAAGGGCUCUGGACAUGGCAUAGCACGGGUUUUCAAUUCAGAUAUAAUUCAUGACUGGCUCAAGAUGCACAACCACAGAGAAGAUGAAUGGAAUGGAAUUGUUGAUAAUUUUGUUAGGUCAUGUGCAGCUUAUUGUCCAGCUACCUAUGUUUUGGGUGUUGGUGACAGACACAAUGAUAACAUUAUGGUGACAAGGAAGGGAGAUUUGUUUCACAUUGAUUUCACUUACUUUUUAGGCUGCUUUAGGUAUCAUUUUGUGCGAGAAUCUACUCCUUUCAUAUUCAAUCCAAUGCAUUCUCAUGUCAUGGGAGGUGAAAAUAGUGAAAUGUUUGAGAAAUUCUGUGAAUUGAGUUGUCAGUCAUAUGCUUGUUUAUGUAAAUAUGGUCAAGUGAUAAUAACUUUAUUUAUAUUAAUGUUGGGUGCUGAUAUUCCACAUUUGAAAAGUAUUGAAAAUGUUAUGUGGUUGAAGAAGAGCUUAAUGUUGAAUGGAUCAAAGGAAUAUACAGACAAACAUUUCCGUUCCCAGAUUAAGGAAAGUAUGCGGCAGUCUCGUGCACGAAUUGGUGAUGCAAUACAUAUUUUUCCAAUCAAAAGAUGA